AUGGCUUGCUGUAGGAAUGGAGCACAGUCUGAUGGACAGGGUCAGCAACUGGAUACUCAAAACAUACAUCAUGCUGGCAGGAAUGAAACUGUUGUGGAUGACUAUAUCAAGAGUUGGGAGGAUAACCAGCCAGGAGAUGAAGCUCUAGACACCACUAAGGACCCCUGCCAAAAAGUGAAAUGUAGUCGACACAAGGUUUGCGUUGCCCACGGCUACCAAAAAGCCAUGUGUAUCAGUCGUAAGAAGCUGGAGCACAGAAUUAAGCAACCUAAUCUGAAAUUACAUGGAAGCAAAGAUAACCUAUGCAAGCCAUGCGUGGUGACACAGUCUGCGUCAGUCUGUGGCUCUGAUGGACACACAUACAGUUCUGAGUGUAAACUGGAACAACAAGCAUGUCUCAGCAGCAAACAGCUAACCGUAAGGUGUCAAGGAUCAUGUCCAUGCCCAACAGAACAGACUUCCACCACAACUGCUACAGACAGCGCCAAACAAGGAGAGGUCUGCACUGGUCAAGAUUUGGCUGAUCUUGGUGACCGUUUACGAGACUGGUUCCAGCUCCUUCAUGAGAACUCCAAGCAAAACAAUACAGCAAAUGCUGGCUCCAAGGCAACAAAUGUGUUGGACAAGACUCUUGUGGCCAGCUGCAAAGACUCCAUUGGGUGGAUGUUUUCUAAACUGGACUCCAACGCCGACCUCUUUCUGGACCAAGCCGAAUUGGCAGCUAUUAAUCUGGAUAAAUAUGAGAUUUGUAUCCGGCCUUUCUUCAACUCCUGUGACACCUAUAGGGAUGGAAGAGUAUCCACUGCUGAGUGGUGCUUCUGUUUUUGGAGAGAGAAGCCCCCAUGCCUUGCAGAGCUUGAGAAGGUUCAGAUUCAAGAAGCUGCUAAGAAGAAACCAGGUGUGUUUAUCCCCAGCUGUGAUGAAGAUGGAUAUUACAGAAAGAUGCAGUGCGAUCAGGCCAGUAAAGAAUGCUGGUGUGUGGAUCAGCAUGGUGUAGAGUUAACUGGAACACGGAUACAUGGAAAUCCAGACUGCGAUGACAUGGUUGGAUUUUCUGGGGAUUUCGGAAGUGGCGUUGGCUGGGAAGACGAAGAGGAAAAAGAGACAGAGGAUGCCGGUGAAGAGGCAGAGGAAGAAGAAGGAGAGACAGGAGACGAUGGUGGCUAUAUCUGGUAGAAACGAAGUAGCACAGUCCUGCCUGGGUCUCGCAGCUCAUAUGGAAGACUGCAGUUAAUAGUAAUCAGACACCACAGUGAUCAGGAAACACAGCUGAAUGUACAUUAUAUUUCGAAAGAAUUUAUGUGUGUGUGUGAGCAUGCAAGUAUGUCUGUCGAUUGACUGCUUUGAGAUCACAGCCCAUUUCCCUUCAUAAUAAACUAAUUGCGAUGUUCUACAGCAGAAAGACAAAACAUGUUUAUUACUUUCAUCACAAGAUAUGAAGAUGUUGGCAUUUAACUUUAGAACAUAAUACUUUUCGACUCUGGAAUUAAGCACACAAGACACUUCUGACCUGGGGAAGAAAUAGAGGAGUAUAAAAUAAACAUAUGCUAGUUUAAAAAUAAAAUGCCAGUACAAGAAAAUCAGUGUUAAUGAAGCAAACCGGGAGGGGAAGAAAUGUAUUGCUAUGUAAAUAUUCAGAAAGUUAAUGAUACAUCAGCGGCAGAUGGUGCUCUUUAAUAUGCUAUGAAAAGCAUAUAGCAAGUUGCUAAGAAUAUUUAGUCCCAUUUAUUUGAAUGGAACUAACCUUUCCACCAGUUUAAGAAAUGCUUGGCACUGCAUAGUGAAGAACAAAGGAAUUUUUAUAGGAAGCGUUUAUUUGACAUCUGUGCAUCUUGUGAAUGACUGUGGGUAUCAGCAAAAAAUGCUUUGUUAUCUGUUUUAAUAUUGCCGUUGAUGUCCUUGACUCCUGGGCACCUAAUUAAAGUUUAUGGCUUCCCCCUU